AUGCUCAAGUACACAGAGAGUUCUGCUGUCACCAAUGAAAUCCAAGCUUCAGCUAUCCACACAUCCUCAAGUGAUUCCUCAUCCCUUGUAUCUCCAGUUGAUAUUACCCCUUCUCUCAACAUGUCAGACAAUUUCCAACAUCCAUCUCUACUUGGAACUGCAAACUCACCACAGCUCUCUGUUCCUGUGGUGAGCGAUGCGACUUCUCUAGCAGGACAUGUCUACAACCUCUCCGGAGCCUCAACUCCAGUCUUCACUUCAACAUGGCCACUACCAUCAACCUCUGGCAUCUCUUUCCAGCCACUCACGGGUACUGCCUAUCUUUACCAACAUUCUAGCACACCCAUGCUGACAGGCGUUACUGGCCAGAACCACAUCUGCACUUCAGCUUCCUCCUGUCCCAGUACUUUUGAAAGGAAGUACACAGGACACACUAAAAAGAAGUCAUCUGAACUUAGAGACUUCACUGUGACUCUCAACCAGGGCACAGCAGUCCCUUCAAUGGCUGUGACACCACGAUAUGUGGAUGCCAAUGCCAUAGUCCCUCUGUAUCCAUCACUGUCUGGCAGCCUGGUUCAGGGGACAUUAUCUCAGAUUCCACAUCAAGAGAGUAGCAUAUUACUUCCCUACCAACCAAGAAACCAGGUUUACUACUAUAAUCAAAACACUAUGGGCCCUCUGUUAUUUGGAGAGCCUGGUCCCUGCCUGCAAUCAUAUGGCUCUGUGACCUACACAGGGAGUGGGUUCUUUGCUCCUCAGCCAGAAAUAGUGAUGACACUAGAAGAGGUCCAGCCUACAGAUGUCUUACCACCAGUCUCCACUUCUGGAAUCUACUACUCUGUGUCUGCUCAACCUAACACAGAAACCAAUUUCCAAGAAACAUCCAUGGAUAUGCACACUUCCUUAAAAUUGCAGCUCCCAAGUAAAAAAUUUUGUCAACCAGGAAUUCCAGAGAGCUCCAAGAGUGCUGUGAUGGUGAAAGACAUUCAUUUUAACCAGACUUUAAAUUCCUUCACAGAUCUCAAACCAUCCAAUAUUUCUACUACAACCGAUAUCAAAGAUAAAGAAACCAUCGAUGAGAUUCUCCUGCAGGAAAACUCAAUGGUCACUAAGCAUUCCACUGGUCAAGUCCAAAGGAACAAGCAUGAAGCCUUGGAAAGUGUGGAUGGAACUCCUGAGGUCAAAGUCGAAUGCCAGCCCCCAGAGCUCCUGCUGGAGGAAGAGGUGACUGUGUGCACCAUCCCAUCCAGUGACCAGGCUUCCGUGAACACAGACAAGCAUUCUGACAGCAAAUCUCCAAAAGCUGCAUCCAGCAAGGUCAGCAAAACUAAGAGCCAUGCACAGAAAGAGACCAAAAGGAUCAGGGAGAACCACCCCAAGAAAUGUGAUGAAACCAAGCAGCCAGGGAACAAAAUCAAAAAAGAAGAAAAGACAAGCAUUCCCAAGACCAAGCACAAGAGAAGUCACCCUGAGCUUAGCCAAGAGACCUUCAAAAGGCCUCGAACCAACCUAGGCGUGCAGAUGUGGGAGUCAGUGCAGGUUUUCCAUGCACUAGGGAAGAAAAGUGAGAAGAAAAAGGAACUGCCUUCCCCCAAGGCCUUGAGAAAUGCCAGCAGCACACAAGAAACCAAGUCCACUCCAGCUGUGAAAUCCCGGCUGGGUAUUCCCCAUGAGGGCAAAGGCCCUAAAAUUACUCAAGUCAAGAAAAGGGAUAGGAGUGAAAGCCAGUGUCCAUCACCAACCCAGGAUGAGCUGCCUCCACCUGGGAAGGUCAAGCUGGUUCCUUUGCCUUUUCUAGCCCCAGAGAAGCCUCAAGCUCGACCUGUUUCUCGCAGGCCACAGUCUCUGGCCUCCCGGAGACCCACUGUACCUUACCGUGCUCUCCCUUGUUCUAACACAGCUCAGCCUACUGCAGUCAGUCGAUCUCAACCAGCUACUGCCAACACAUGCUUCAUAGACUCCACCAAAACAUCACAGCCAAUUGCAGCCAAAACAAUCAAACAGGGAUUGACCACCACUCCCCAGCCUAGUGUGUCUCAAUCUACUGUUGCUAGGCCUGAACCUUACAAAACAUCAUCUUCCACUUCUCUGCAGCAGAAGCCUGUGUCAACUUCUGGGACCAAGUUCCAGUCACCACCUAAACCUCAAAGCCAGUAUCUACUCCAAGACUUCAGCCGCCAACCAAUUCCAUGGAGGAAACCUGAUAUUCCUGGGCCAGUAGUAUCAAAUCCCAUCACCAAGGAGCAGAGGCCAGAGCGUGAAGCCAUGAAAAGGCGGGCCCAGAAAGAGCGUGAAAUUGCUGCCCAAUACACUGCUUUGGGGAAACUGCAGUUUUUUGCUCAGAGGCAAAGAGAUAUGGAAGUUUCUCAAUAUUACGGCUAUGUAAUGUAA